UUAACUGCACGGGAGAUUGAGAUAGCCUAAUGCUCCUAUAGCGAAUGAACUAUUUUAUUAACAAAUAUCUGAAGAAAUGUCUUAAAACUGUGUUGAAGGCAGGCCUGCAUCUUUGGCUUACUUUGAUUUCUUUUCAAAAUAAUCGCGUUUGUUUCUGCCUCCAACAACAAUUUCUUUGUAGAUCGUCACAGGGGCAGAAAAUGCGUUUAUUUGGUCGACAUGGUUUCAAGAACAUCUCUACCUCUGUGGAAGCUAAAUACCAUGGGCUGGUAAACCAAGGUGCGACAUGUUACCUGAACAGUGUGCUGCAGGUGCUGUUUAUGACCGAAGACUUCAGAGAAGCUGUGAAAAGGUCCUCCAAACAAAAUGUUGGCAUUGGGCUUCUUGGUGCCCUUACAGACUUGUUUGAUAAUUUACAGAAACAUACAGCAAACACACACAAAAUAAUAACCCAGCUGGGCAUCAGCAGAGUGUAUGAACAGCGAGAUGCUGCUGAAUGCAUCGAGAAGAUUUUAACAAUGACCAGUCCCGAGGCAUCACAGAUCUUCCACGGUCUGUUAGCAAACCAAAUCACCUGCUCUAAAGGUCAUAAAGAGACUGACAGGGAUGCACCAUUUUGGCAUCUUCCUCUGUCAUUGGUGGAUUUUUACAAUCAAGACUACAGUGUAGUGAACGGCAUCGAGGAGUUUUUCAGACCUACAUGUCUAAAUGGAGAACACCAGAUGUACUGUGACCGCUGCGGUCACAAAGUUGAUGCUACUAUUACAGAUGUGAUAAAACAUCACCCAGAUGUUUUGAUUCUGCUGCUGAAGAGGUUUGAGUUCAACUACAGUUACAUGUCCUACUUCAAAACCAGCUGUUUUGUGGAGGUUCCCUACAGCCUGCAAAUACCAGGGAAUGAGGUGUACGAACUGUAUGCAGUUGUGGAUCAUUUUGGUGGUCUGAGAGGUGGCCAUUACAGCGCAACAAUCAAAACCCAGGAUGAAGACAGAUGGUAUAAGUUUGAUGAUACCCAGGUCACACCGCUUGAUUACCAACCAUUCCAGGAGAAGUAGGUUUUUGUCUUUCUUCUUGUCCUUGCUAUAGAUUAAUUUGCAAAUAUAUCAAUAUUUAAAGUUUAUUUAAACACAAAUAUGAUAUAGAUGACUGUACGUAUGGAGUAUGUUACACCAAACUCUAAUCACAAGUGCAGAUUGUAUUUUUCAAAAUUGUUUUAAGGUUUUUUUUUAAGUUGUGUUUUGUCUUUUUUUCUAUUUCUUCUUCUAGAUCCCAGAGUGCAUAUCUUUUAUUUUACAGAAAGGCAAAAAGCAAGACUCAUAAUUGUUACCAUAGGCAUAUGUUUCUUUAUAUAUAUUUUUUUUUUUUUAUUAUGUAUUUUAUUAUUCGUGCUGUAGAUAGUUAAAACAGGCAGGUUUUCCACCUGCAAUAAGUGACAAAUAUGACCAGUGAGAAGAUGCUUAUGAGAAAGCAAAGUCAGUUAUCACACUGCAGAGUGAUAAUACACACAAAAAUGAUGGACAAGUAUAAUUACAGUGAUAAUUAGUGUUGGAUCUGAACUCUGAUGUUAAUGAGAUUACCCAGUAAAUGAAGGUUUUUCAGGACACUUGGGGGGAAAAUGGACACAAAGAAAUUGUCCGGCAUCAUGAAAAUUCAGGAGUGAAGUUAGUGACAGAGAUGCAGCUGUGAUAAUCUAAUAGACAGGUUGAGAUUAGCGACGGAGAAGACAAACAUGCAACAACUGAGGAUGAACAUCAAAAACAAGCGAAUUAAAUGUCAGGAUUUGCUUGCAUGCUGUGAUCAUUGCCCUGUUGCAUACCUGUUGGACAGACGACCUCUUUCUUGUGUGUGUGUUUUAUAUUUAAAAUAAAUUCCACAAUAUUAAAUCUAAUUUAUUUUUUUAUUUAUUUCAAAUUGAUCUGAGGUGUGUGCGCAUUACUUC